CCCCGGAUACUUCAUCGCGGCGCCGAACGUGUUUCGCGUCGGCGUCGAGGAGAGCGUCAGCGUCGACGUGUACGACACGGGCGGCGCGACGGUGACGCUGACGCUGACGCUACAGGACUACCCGGCACGCACGCACAACUUCUCACAGGUCGUCGUCGACUGUAGCGAAUUUCAGCCGGUGACCGUACAGCUGCGUAUAGCUCCAGCCGACGUCGUUCGGGACACGGCGCUGGGUUUCGACGCCGACACCAAGUACGUGUAUCUGUCGGCGAGCUCGACGUCGCCAGGCCUGACGUUCCACGAGGACAUCCCCGUGCUGCUGCGACACGCCAGCGGUCACCUGUUCCUACACACCGACAAGCCCGUCUACACGCCCGACCAACACGUGCGCAUCCGAGCGUUUCCACUCAACGAGGAUCUUGUUCCCCAGGGCGAAUCCGUGCGCAUCGACGUCGUCAACCCGCAGGCUGUCACCGUCGACCGGCUGGACGUCGCUGUCGGCGACACGGGCUUCAUAUCAAAGACGUUCGUCUUUCCGGCGUUCCCCGUCUUCGGUAACUGGUCGGUCGUCGGCUACCAUGGACCUCAGCUGAAGUACAAUUCGACGGCGAAAUUCGAAGUGAAGGAAUACAUUUUGCCCACCUUCUCGGUGACGGUUGGCGCGCCUCGAUUCAUACUGCCGCAGGACGAACGCAUCUCGGGAAACGUUAGCGCAAGGCACGAACAAAAUACUCCUGCUCUCUUUUGUCAAUAA